CAUCUGGGUUUCCCUUCAACCAGUCGCGAUUGUGUUGGUUUUGUGCACGUAGUGGCCCCUUCCACUUGUAGACAGUUUAACGUGAUCUGCAGGCAACAUUAAAAGGAAGCACACAAGACCCUUUGGAACUGCGGAAAUGGAGAGACUCCUUUUUCUGAAGAGAACUUUCUGUAGCUUGGAUACCUUCCAACAGCAGAUCCUAAUAGGCUCAGCUGUGGCAGCAGGGGGGAUACUGGCAUACAUGGUGCACAAAAGAAGACAAGUCAAAAGUAUUCCUCUCGGUGAAGGAUGGUGGGGAGCAGGAGAGAAGCCACCAUCAGAGGAUGAUCAAAUCCAUCCCUUUAAAGUGCAAGCCUCAGAUGAAGAGAUUCAGGACCUUCAUGAGCGCAUUGACAGAGCCCGCUACGCUGAGCCUUUAGAAGAUAGCUGCUUUCACUAUGGCUUCAAUUCCACGCAUCUCAAGCAAGUGGCUUCAUAUUGGAGACAUGAGUUUGACUGGAAAAAGCAGGUGGAAGUGCUUAACAAGUAUCCACACUUCAAAACUAAAAUAGAAGGAUUGGAUGUGCACUUCGUCCACGUGCGACCACCCCACCGUGACAAUCAGAAGGUUCUGCCUAUCAUGCUCGUUCACGGCUGGCCUGGCUCCUUCUAUGAGUUCUACAAGAUUCUGCCACUUCUCACAGAGAACCAGGAUGGUCUUGUGUUUGAGGUCAUAUGCCCGUCUAUCCCUGGCUUCGGUUUCUCAGAAGCUGCUCAUAAACAAGGAUUCGACAGUCUCGCUGCAGCCCGGAUUUUUCUGACACUGAUGGAGCGUUUAGGAUUUUCCCAGUUCUAUCUGCAGGCAGGAGACUGGGGCUCUCUCAUCACCACCAACAUGGCACAAAUGAAGCCUCAGUGCGUGAAAGGUCUCCACUUAAACAUGUUUAUAUCAAACAAAGGGUUUAAAGUGCUGCUUUCCAUCAUUAUUGGUCCUUAUCUGCCCUUCCUGGUGGGCUUAUGUCGGGAAGAUGUUCGCCGGUUGUUCCCUUUCAUGGAGAAAAAUGUCUGGGAGACACUGAGGGAAUCAGGCUACCUUCACAUCCAGGCCACUAAACCAGACACUGCAGGCUGUGGAGUGAAUGACUCUCCUGUAGGCUUGGCAGCCUACAUUCUGGAGAAGUUCUCCACCUGUACUGAUCGGAGGAACAGAGAUCUGGUGGAUGGUGGGCUGGAGAGGAAAUUCAGCCUGGAUGACCUUCUGACAAACAUCAUGAUCUACUGGACCACAGGCUCCAUAGUGUCCUCCAUGCGCUUCUACAAAGAGAACGCAAAGAUUUUUCUUGACAGAGAGGAUGAAAAGACGGGGGUAUUUGUGCCCACUGGACUUGCUGCUUUCCCUUGCGAGCUGGUGCACUGUCCUAAGUCGUGGGCACAAAUUAAGUAUCGAAACAUCUACUCCUACACUUUCAUGCCACGAGGUGGACACUUUGCUGCCUUUGAGGAGCCCCAGCUGCUAGCCAAAGAUCUUGUCCAGUUUGUCAAAAAAGUGGAGGAUUUCUGAACUCAUUGAUGCACUCAGACCAAUGUAAUUAUGGUACAUCUGUUCUUUAUUAUUGCUGUCGUUUGAGUAGAGAUUUUGUUUAAACAUUCCAAAUGGUACACAAAUGUACAAACUUGUUACUAAAGAUCAUUUUCACACUA